UUUGAUUCCUCCAUAGUGCUAGGUGCAAUGCAUAAUCCUAUAUAAUUAACCAUAUAUCCUCAAGAGUAAUGAGAACUGCUACGUACGUACCAAACAAACGUAACGUGCAGGGCACCACAACCUCCAUUUUCCAGCCUGAUCUCUUAAUUCCUAUGACCAUCUUCUCCGCCGUUGGCGGCUCCCGACGCCGCCUCGACUGCAGGCUCGUCUUCGCAAUCGUCAUCGCCAUCCUUCUGCCUUGCUAUUGCACCGGUUAUCCUAGCCUGCAGCGCGAUUCGUGCUUUGCGGCGCUCUACGCGUUCGGCGACUCGUACACCGACACGGGCAACUUCGUCAGGGCCAUCUACCCGUCGAGCCCCAUCGGCCGCCCCCCCUAUGGCGAGACCUUCUUCCGCCGACCCACCGGCCGAGCCUCCGACGGCCGCCUUGUCGUCGACUUCCUAGCGGAGGCGGUGGGGUUACCGCUGCUGCCGCCGUACCUGGCGGAGCUGAGCACUGCGGCGGCAGAGGUCUGGCGGCGGGGGGCGUGCUUCGCGGUGGGCUGGUCGGCGGCGAUGGACGCCGCCUUCUUCCGAGAGCUCGGGCUCAAGAAUCUCUCGUGGACCGGGCUUUCGCUUGCGGCCCAACUGCAGCUGUUCCAGGAUCUCCAACAUUCCCUCACUCCUGAACCAGGGUACAGGGACAUGAUGAGCAACUCUCUUUUCCUGGUAGGAGAGUUUGGAGUAAAUGACUACCAAUACUUCUUAUUCCUAGCAAAAAAUGUCACUGAUGUAUAUUCUGCCAUUCCUAAUGUUACUAGUACAAUCAGCAUGGGAAUCAAGGAUCUGAUACGGCUCGGCGCAAGGACACUGAUAGUUCCUGGAGUCUUUCCAUUAGGAUGCCUGCCAAAUUUGCUGACGCUGUUCAAGAGCGAGAGGAAUGAAGAUUACGAGCCGCGAACCGGUUGUCUCAAGUUUCUAAACGAGUUGUCGACGCGCCACAACCUCCGACUCCAGGAGGAGUUGGAUCGGCUACGGGAGCUCCACCCUGAGGUCGCCAUUAUCUACGCAGACUACUACGGAGCCGCCACCGAAAUCUUCAAUUUUCCGAAAAAGUUUGGAUUCAAGACCCCGUUAACGGCGUGCUGUGGCGGUGGCAAAGGCCCCUAUAACUACUCACCCUUAGUGAACUGUGGUGACAAGGGGUCGAAGGUCUGCGACGACCCGUCGCAAUAUGUCUCUUGGGAUGGAAUCCACUUGACGGAGGCGGCUUCGGAGAUCGUCGCUCGUGGCGUGUUAGAAGGGCUGUAUGCCGUCCCUUCUGUAGCAGAAACAUGCUCAUCUUUCAGUAUGUAAUUAAGAUCACCAGCCAUAUCCUCCACAACAGUGUCAGGGUUGUUGUAUCUUUCUUUUCUGCUGUAAGUACCAGGAGUUUGUUUGGUAGACUGUAAAAAGUUAUAGAUUUUUGCUUGAUUACAUGUAAUUGAAACUGCUAUAGUUAUAAAUACGGAUAAUUGUAUAUGGUUAAUUUCUUCUUGUAAA